CCCCUUCUCUGCCGUUUUCCUGCGUUCCCGGCCUCGGGCUGGGAGCCAUGCCGCGACACCCGCUGCGAGUUCUGCGGGGAAUUCCUCGGGAACCCCAUUUCCCUUAUCCCACACCCCUUUCCCAGGAAUCCUGACAGCCCCAAACCCCCAAAUUUGGGAUCAUCCCCUCCACCAGCACCUUUUAACCCCUUCUCUCCCGCGUUCCCAGCCUCGGGCUCGGAGCCGUGCCGCGACAUCCGCUGCGAGUUCUGCGGCGAGUUCUUUGAGAACCGCAAGGGGCUCUCGAGCCACGCGCGCUCGCACCUGCGCCAGAUGGGGGUGACCGAGUGGUCGGUGAACGGCUCCCCCAUCGACACCCUGCGCGAGAUCCUCAGGAAGAAAUCCAAGCCCUUCUUCGAGUUCUGCGGGGAAUUCCCUGAACCCCCUCAUCCCUUUCCCAGGAACCCCCUCAGUCCCAAACCCCCACCAGCACCCUUUAACCCCUUCUCUCCCGCGUUCCCAGCCUCGGGCUCGGAGCCGUGCCGCGACAUCCGCUGCGAGUUCUGCGGCGAGUUCUUUGAGAACCGCAAGGGGCUCUCGAGCCACGCGCGCUCGCACCUGCGCCAGAUGGGGGUGACCGAGUGGUACGUGAACGGCUCCCCCAUCGACACCCUGCGCGAGAUCCUCAGGAAGAAAUCCAAGCCCUGCCUCAUCAAGAAGGAGCCGCCGCUGCCGCCGGGGCUGGAGCCGGGCGCGGGGCUGGGCGAGGACGGCGCGGAGCCCAAAGCGCCGCCGGGGCCGGCUCCGGGCAAGGCGCUGCCCCCGGGGCUGGCCCUGGGCAAGCCGGGCUCGGGGCUGGCCCUGGCGCCGCUGGGCUCCAAGAACGCGCCCGGAGCCUUCCUGGCCGCCAAGAGGCCGCUGGGCGACGAGAGGCUGGGCGGGCACGGCGAGGCCAAGCACAAAGCCUUCGAGCUGGGCUUCAAGGCCAAGGCCCUGCACGACAAGGCCUGUGAGUGCCAUGGGAAAUCAUGGGAAUCUGGGGGUUUUGGGGUGUUUUUGGGGUGUUUUUGGGAUGGGCUGGGCGGGCACGGCGAGGCCAAGCACAAAGCCUUCGAGCUGGGCUUCAAGGCCAAGGCCCUGCACGACAAGGCCUGGCUGGGCGGGCACGGCGAGGCCAAGCACAAAGCCUUCGAGCUGGGCUUCAAGGCCAAGGCCCUGCACGACAAGGCUCCUCCCAGGGAUUUAGGGACCCAAAAUCCCAUCCCGGGGGUUCCAUCCCUCCCUAAUCCCAGAUUUCCCCUCCCGGCAGCCUCGCGGGCGGACCCGGUGCGCGACAUCCGCUGCGAGUUCUGCGGCGAGUUCUUUGAGAACCGCAAGGGGCUCUCGAGCCACGCGCGCUCGCACCUGCGCCAGAUGGGGGUGACCGAGUGGUCGGUGAACGGCUCCCCCAUCGACACCCUGCGCGAGAUCCUCAGGAAGAAAUCCAAGCCCUGCCUCAUCAAGAAGGAGCCGCCGCUGCCGCCGGGGCUGGAGCCGGGCGCGGGGCUGGGCGAGGACGGCGCGGAGCCCAAAGCGCCGCCGGGGCCGGCUCCGGGCAAGGCGCUGCCCCCGGGGCUGGCCCUGGGCAAGCCGGGCUCGGGGCUGGCCCUGGCGCCGCUGGGCUCCAAGAACGCGCCCGGAGCCUUCCUGGCCGCCAAGAGGCCGCUGGGCGACGAGAGGCUGGGCGGGCACGGCGAGGCCAAGCACAAAGCCUUCGAGCUGGGCUUCAAGGCCAAGGCCCUGCACGACAAGGCCUCAGCAGAGGCCUGCUGCGAGCUGUGCGGGCUGUACUUUGAGAACAGGAAGGCGCUGGCCAGCCACGCCCGGGCGCACCUGCGGCAGUUCGGCGUCACCGAGUGGUGCGUGAACGGCUCCCCCAUCGAGACGCUGCGCGAGUGGAUCCGGCACCGGCCGCACAAGGCGGGCGCCUACCGCAGCUACAUCCAGGGCGGGCGCCCCUUCUCCAAGAAGUUCCGGAGCUCGGCGCACCCCCGGGAGCCCCGCGGCGCCCUGGCCGUGCCCUUCCUGCCCAAGGGCGGGCUGGCGGCCGAGGCGGCGCUGGGCGACUGCGGGAAGGGCCCCGAGGGCGCCGAGAGGGGCCUGGGGACCCCCCUGGGGGUGGUCAAGGUGGAGGAGCAGAGGGGCAACUUCAGCAAGUUCGAGCGGCGCCAGGCGCGGCCCCUGGAGCCGCCGCUGCCGCGCGACGCCGAGCCCGGCGCCGACUUCCCGCGGAAGCUUCCGGAGCCGCGGCCGCCGCCGCGCGUGCGCCCGGUGCCCGCGCUGGUGCCGCGCCCGCCGCAGACCUCGCUGGUCAAGUUCGUGGGCAACAUCUACACCCUCAAGUGCAGGUUCUGCGAGGUGCAGUUCCAGGGCCCGCUGUCCAUCCAGGAGGAGUGGGUGCGGCACCUGCAGCGCCACAUCCUGGACAUGAACUUCUCCAAGGCGGAUCCCUGCCGGAGCGAGGCCCCCCCGGAGCCCCCCGCCCUGGCCGAGGCUCCCUGAAUUUUCCCAAAAUCUGGGAAGAAAAAAAAAAAAAAAAACCAACAACAAAAACCCAACCGUAAAACAAACAAAAAAAAAACAACAAACCCCCACAAAGCCCCCCGGGAGCGGCGGGGGGCUCCGGGCGGGGGGCGCCGGCCCCGGGCUGGGGCAGCCACAAGCACUACAGGAGCUCGGGAAUCCCGGGAAAACCCUGGGAAAACCCUGGGAAAACCUCGGGAAACCCCCCGGGAAACCCCCGGGAAACCCCCCGGGAAACCCCCGGGAAACCCCCGGGAAACCCCCGGGAGGGAGAGGGGCUGGCACCGGGAAUUCCUCCCUUCCCUCCCCGGGAAAAGAACAAAACUCCCUUUUUUUAUCCCAAAGAACCGGCGGCGCCGCCCGGGGAGGGAAUUCCCGGCCAUUCCCGGGGGAAACGCUGUGGAUUUUGUACAUUUGGACCCUGGCAGAGUUGUAAAUUCCUCAUUUUUUUCCCCUUUUUUUUUUUUUUUUUUUUUUUUAGUGGCUACGUAGAUGUCGGAAUUCCCUCAGUUCCGGGGUUGCAUGUUCCCAAAAUUCCCACUUUUCCCAAGGAAAUCCAGCGGGAAUCCCCAAAAUUCCGGGAGGAUUCGGCUCCGUUUUUUUUCCCCAAAUUCCCUUUUUUUUUUUUCUCCUUGGUUUUAUUCCCAUUUUUCCCCCCCCCAUCCUGAUUUUUUAAACUAGAUUUGUGUAGAAAGCAAAGGAAAAAAUAAAAAAGAUCCCUUUUUAUUAUUUGGGAAUCCCGAAACUUCCGGAUUUCGGAAGGAAUUUUAACGGAGAAAUAUUUUGGGUUUUUUUUUCCUGGUUUUGGUUUUUUUUCCUUUUUUUUUUUUUUUUUAUUUCCACGUUUUUCGGGACGUUUCUGGCGAUUCCUGUACCCGGGACUGGGGGACGAUGAAUUAAAUUCUUCUGGAGAUGAA